AUGGUCCCAAUUCUGAGGCCCACGUGCCAUGCUUAUGCAGAGUUUGAGAUUCUGGGAUGUUCAGAAAUGGGAUUGAAUAUUUUCCCAAACUCCAAGGAAUCAUUAGAAGGUUUUGAUAGCAAACGAAAGAAAGAUCUUGGUGAGAUGGGACAUGAUGAGUUGGUGAGAGUUGACAACAUUUCCCAAGAUGAGCUUGAAUCAACUUCUUCUGAGAAGGAAGAGGAUUGGAGGGAAAAUUUGGAGCAGAAUUCAUCAGAGGCUAAUUCUACGCCUAGAGAAGGUUUGGACCAUUUCAUCCCAGAGUCUGUUGGAGCUGAGAGGAACCUGCUAGUUGCUGCUGAUAAUGACAUUAUGUGUUUCAAAUCAAUGAUGGACAAAUGGGAUUCUCCAAGGCAAGACCUAAUAGCGGACAGGCUGUCAGAGUCUGAGAAGCAAAAGCUGAUUAACCUUGUGAAGAUACAAAAUGAUGGGACUGUUGAAGUUGAUCUAGAAAAGGAUACAACUCUUGCAUCAGAAUUGUUGAAGUUUCAAUCUUCUGAAGAGUCAACAACACUGAGUGCAACUGUUGUUUCUGAAUCGAAAAAAUCAGUUCCCUGGUUACAAAUUGUCAUGCUUGUGGUUGGGACUAGAGGUGAUGUACAACCUUUCCUGGCCAUUGCAAACAAACUCCAGGACUAUGGUCAUCGUGUUAGGCUGGCAACACAUGCUGAUUUUGACACAUUUGUAAAGUCUGCUGGUGUUGAUUUCUAUCCUUUGGGUGGUGAUCCUCGUGCUUUGGCAAGAUAUAUGGUGCGGAAUAAAGGUAUAGUCCCAUCUGGUCCAACUGAAAUAUCUAUCCAAAGAAAGCAGCUGAAGGCUAUUAUUGAGUCUCUUCUUCCAGCAUGCACAGAACCUGAUUUGGAAACUGGUGUUCCUUUUAGAGCUCAGGCUAUUAUAGCCAAUCCUACUGCGUGUGGGGUUUUAAAUAAAAUAGAUAGAAUUAACUUAUGUUGUGGCUUGCAGGACAUACACACAUUGCCGAAGCCCUUGGGGUGCCCCUUCACAUCUUCUUCACAAUGCCUUGGACGCAGGCCAACGUAUGAGUUUUCACAUCCUUUGGCACGUGUUCCUCAAAGUGCUGGUUAUUGGCUGUCAUAUAUAAUUGUGGAUCUACUGAUAUGGUGGGGAAUACGAGGACUCAUCAAUGACUUCAGGAAAAGAAAAUUGAAGCUUUCUCCUAUUGCAUACUUCAGUAUGUACAGUGGAUCAAUAACUCAUUUACCUACUGGCUAUAUGUGGAGUUCUCACGUUGUUCCAAAACCAAGUGACUGGGGCUCCUUAGUUGAUGUUGUUGGUUAUUGUUUCUUGAACCUUGGAUCAAAGUAUCAACCACAGGAAGAUUUUGUCCGAUGGAUUCAAAAAGGACCAAAACCUUUAUAUUUUGGGUUUGGGAGCAUGUUUCAGCCUCUUGAUGAUCCUAAAAGAACUACUGAGGUGAUAGUGGAGACACUAAAGGAUACAGGACAACGGGGAAUUAUUGACCGUGGCUGGGGGAAUCUAGGGAACUUGGCAGAAGUUCCUGACAAUGUUUUCGUGCUAGAGGAAUGCCCUCAUGACUGGUUGUUUCCUCAAUGUUCUGCUUUGGUGCAUCAUGGUGGUGCUGGAACAACGGCUACAGGACUAAAGGCUGGGUGUCCAACAACCAUUGUUCCAUUUUUUGGAGAUCAGUUCUUCUGGGGAGACAGAAUCUAUCAGAAAGGGCUGGGACCUGCUCCAAUUCCAAUAUCUCAGCUUAGUCUUGAGAAUUUAACAAAUGCCAUAAAAUUCAUGCUCCGGCCUGAGGUAAAAUCACAGGCAAUGGAAAUCUCAAAGUUGAUUGAGAAUGAAGAUGGUGUUACAGCUGCAGUUGAUGCGUUUCACCGCCAUCUACCAUCAGAGCUACCACUACCAACUCCAUCUCCAGAGGUGAAGGACCAAGCAAAUCCUUUGCAGUGGUUUUUUCUCCAACUAGCAAAGUUGUGCACUUUACCUUGUGGGGGUGUAUAG